AGGUCCUCCUGCAGAAAACAACCAUGGUGAAGUUACAGAGUCCAGUCGAGUAUAUGAUGAGACCAGAGAGGACAGACAGAUCAGUUCUCCUCCUGUGGAAACAUCUUCAAUUUACUGCAACGCCAAAUACACCAAACCAAACAGAGCUGAAGACACAGACGACUACAGCUUUGUCAGCUUUCCUGCAAGCAAAGUAAGAAACAUUUAUAUGUGGGAAAACAAUGAAGUUAGUUAUAAAUAUGGAUCGAUGAUGUUGUAAUACGAAUAAUCACACUUAAUACUGCAGAUGUGCCAUUAUUUGUUGGGUUUAUGAUAUAAUAUUAUAUAAAAAUGACAAAUUUGCUAAUUCAGUUUCUUAUUGCAAGAAUCUGCUGUUUAUUUGAGGAGAGAGUUUUUAUAUGUAACUUCACAUAAAAAUCUUGUAAACAUAUAAAUAAAAUGGAAGGAUUUCCAUACGAAGACACGAAUCUGCGUAUCAUCCACAUGAAGACGGCGUUUUGGGGGUCUGUAAACGAUCAUUUUUGAAACCAGAUUCCAGAGUGGAAAGAUUUUGAAACGCCAUAUAAGCAGCUCCAUGUUUACUGGCUCUCCGCUACUUUUCAGAUACGCUUGCGUCAUAGUUUCGUACCUUCAUUGACAUGCGCAGUUUCAUAACUUCAUUGACACGCAUGCGCCACACGUGACAACGACAACAACAAUGGCGGCGUACAGUGUAGCAAAUGUGCUGAUGAAGCGAGUGACCCUACUAUCCCUGUUGCAGCAAAAUCUCCUUCUUCUCAAUCACCACCGAGUUGAACAAACAAUUAUCGAGGACACAUUACGGCACUUUAUGGAUACACCCCGGAAAAGGACCCGCAGGACAACUAGGCGAAGGUUUUGGGUGAGACCUGGCAGAACCAGUAGCUGGUGGGACAAUUUUGUGAACGGUGUCGUCCUGGACGAGGAAUGGAGGGAAAACUUCCGCAUGUCCCGGACAUCUGUCGUGGCAUUCAUGGAGGAACUACGCCCGCACAUCGAAGGCCAAACAACGAUCAUGAGGACACCCAUCGACCCACUGAAAAAGGUAGCAAUGACGCUCUAUUAUUUGAGCGACGAGGGAAGGCUACGGAAGACCGCUAAUGCCUUCGGUGUGUCACGGCAGGCUGUGUCUGUCACUGUCAGGCAGACCUGCAGGGCCAUCUCCAUCCACCUUGGUCCCAGAUAUGUUAAACUACCGUUUAUGGAGCAAGACGCCACAGAUUUGGUCGAGGGCUUUCACCAUGCUCAUGGCAUACCCCAAUGUUUAGGAGCAGUUGACAGCACCCACAUUGAAAUCAAACAGCCAUUGGUCAACUCCACAGACUAUAUAAAUAGAAAAGGAAAGCACACCCUGAACAUACAGGCAGUCUGUGAUUACUGGUACAGAUUCAUGAACGUGUUUAUCAAAUGGCCUGGCAGUGUACAUGAUGCACGGAUCUUUGCGAACUCCAAAUUGAACCUGUCCAUGAAAAAUGGCAACAUCCCUUCCCUGAAAAGACAGAUUGUGGACGAUGAGGAACCCAUACCUAUUUUCCUUCUUGUCCGGUACGCAGCCUCCGCUGCCUCUCAGUUCCCGCUGCCUCCGCUGUCUCUCCGCUGCUCCUCUCAUCUCCCCUCUUCUCUGUCCGCCCGACUUUUUAUCCUCCGCUCCGGCUGCUACUGCGGAGAUAAUCAGGCUAAAGAUGACUCCAGAGAACUUGAUUACACUGAGGUGGUUUUUUCCAACGUUGCUGCCUCCUCUCUCAACAGCGCCCCCUGUGGUGAUGUAGAUAACGUCCUCUACUCCACUCUUCAGAUGAAUGUGAGAUCUGCCAACACCAUCAGAGAAGCUUCAGCUCCUCUGUACUCUACUGUUGCUCUACAUCGGUAG